CUGCUUAAAUAUAUCUCUGACAUACUCACACACUCAGACACACACACACACACACACACUCAUACCCACUAUAGCGUGACAGCUAUAUAUCGUUAUGUGUAAUUUCAAAUUCUACUAGGCUUUUAGGAGAAUAUUUCACACACACUCGAGUUUAACACAGGAUUACUGCAGAGAUCAGAACAGACAGGAGUAUAGAUAUGAUUGACAGUUCCAGAGAUGACGUUUCAAUGGAAGCCGAAUAUGCAAAUUGGGAGAAACCCCGUCUCCAGAACGUAAACAAGCAGGGACGUCAACCCUCAGGAGGUGUUGGGACAUGGAGCAGAUCUUCCAGGUUGUUGGCAGUGUUUGCAGUGUGUGUAGCACUGCUGUGUGUUCUCCUGCUGAGCUUCACUAUAGUGCAGUCUGUGAAACUCAAUGAUAUGACCGGAGAAAGAGACCGGUUGCAGAUCAGUUAUGACAACGUGAGUGUUGAGAGAGACCAGCUUCAAGGUGAGAGAGACCAGCUUCAGGGUGAGAGAGAUGAAUUGCAGAAGUGGAGUAAGAUGUGGAAUUAUACCAUCCAGCAAAGACUAAAGUAUUUCACCACAAAGAAGACGAGCUGGAGCAAAGCUAGAGAGGAAUGCAGAUCGAAAGGAGCCGACCUGGUGAUCAUCAACAGCCGAGAAGAACAGGAAUAUAUCAGUAAAACGGUUAUUGCUGAGGCUUGGAUUGGUCUACAUGACACUGUUCAGGAAGGGAAGUGGAUGUGGGUGGACGGUACAGAAGUGACCAAAAAGUUUUGGUGGAAAGGAGAACCUAAUGACUACGAUGGAAAAGAGGACUGCGCUGCAACUGGCAGCAGAUUUGCUAAAGAUGAACUUACAACAUGGGCUGAUUAUUCAUGUGAAACUGAUUUGCAUGCAAUUUGCGAAAAAACAGCAAAUAUUUAGAGCAGUUUUAUUUCAAGAAAAAUCAGUAUUUUGUUAAUCGGGGUCAACAAAGCCAUCGUUUAAGCCAAAUUCAUCUAGUUUUUUUUUUCAUCUAGUUAAUAUUCUUGCAGGAGAGUGAUCAGAUUUUAAAAAUAAAGAAUCUGAAAUCUGUAAAAUCAAAUUCUGUAGUCUAAAUGAAAAGGGGAAGAAAAUGGGGAUAAUAGUCGUACCGGGAAAUGAUUAAACGAGAACUUACAGUGAAAAAAAAAGCCAGACUCUCUUUCCAUGUUAGGAUAGUUUCAGGGUUUUUUUUUUUUUUUUGUGUAAGACCUAUGUAAAUGUGCCAGAUGUAGUUGGGCUGCACAUUUAUUUGAGACCAGGCAACCCUGUUUUUCCCACAAAAAAAAAAAAAGGAGUCAAAAUUAUUCCACAGACAUUCUGACCAGUCAGAUUCCCUAUGUCAUUAUCACACAUUACUUUAAUAUCUCUGUGCUUUUUGCUUGAGUUUCUCACUAAAUGAUGAAUUGAUAUUACUGAGAGAUUGGCUCUCAUAUGCCUUUAAACUUCUUUUUCCCCAGAAGCCAAGAAACAUUGAGUUUUCUUCUGUUUUGUUGGUGAUUAUGUUGAUCAUUGAAUGUCUUUGUCAUGUCUCACUCCACACUGGUGUUAAUAUGAAGCUCGUAUGAAAGUAGACACACAGAACUUUAACAAUUUGUAGUGUUUUAUCACUAUUUCUCUUUUUCAAUAAGGGAACUAUAUAUGGUUAAAUAUAUGUGGUUAGUUUUUUUUUCACAAAUGUUUGUAUGGUUGUAAGUGGAGAUUUGCAAAAUGAACAUUUUUUGUUUUUUUUUUCCUAAUAAUCUAUGGUAGAGAAUGAGUAUAUUAAUAUAAUAUCUUCAUAGCCUGAGCUUCACAGUAAACACUCAGGAGUUAAAGAAUUUGUAACAAACCCAUUUCUGCUCUCUGAGAUGCUCCAAGUGUUUAUAAUCAGCUCAAAUGUUCUCUUCAGCCACUACAACUCAGUCUAAUGUUAUCAACAGAGGAAAAUCACACGUC